UUCAAGGGCGAAGAUGGGCAGGCAAACACUGGCGGUGGUGGCGGCGGCACGGAUCCUGAGUCUUCCUUGGCUGGCAACGGAGGGUCUGGCAUCGUGAUCAUCAAGUACCUGAGUUCCAUCCCGUUGCUCCAAGGUGGCACAGUCACCACGAGCAAUGGCUACCAAAUUCAUACUUUCACAGCAACUGGAUCGCAUACCGUAGCAGUCGAGGCGGCAUGCGGUGCGUGGCGCUACUACAGGUACUAUGUCCCAGUCGCGAGUGCAAACCCGCAUCAUCUGUGCAUCAAUGAGAUGCAGUACUUGUACGGUGGUAGCGUGCUCUCAACACCUGCAACUCACUGCGGCAGUGCACCGUGCGCUUUUGCUACUUCCGGAUUCUACUCGGAUUGGAGCCCCGAGAAAGCUUUCGAUCAAAGCAAUUAUGCAAUGUAUGGCAGUGGAUAUUGCAAUGAAGCCGGUGAUGGUUAUCCCCGAGGGGCUGGGUGGUUGGCGUACGACUUCGGAGUGCCGACACAAGUCGAUCGGGUCAAGAUUUGGUUUUGGAGAGGUGAUCACAGCGCGAGUGGGACGGCCUACAUGGAAGGCUCAAACGAUGCGGUCACAUGGACAACUUUGAAAACGAUUACAGACACUGAUUAUGCGACACUCGAUACGACCGUCGAUUGUGUUGCAUCGCCAAGUUCGGCGCCGACGCUGCUGAUGAAGCUGAGGGCGGGCUCCAAUACCUUCCAGUAUGACGCCAGCUAUUGGACCGACACUUCUGUGUUGAACGAAGCUGGCGGCGCUUAGGUCAGCGACUCUGACGACGAGGACGUCAAGAUGUCGGCAUUCAACACAGACCCGAUCUCCUCCCUGACGUUGUGCUACAAGACGCUGGACAACUGCUACACGUACGAGCUGGGCGCGACGUACACCAGCGCAAGCGCUCUCUUCAGCUCGGGAUUCAUCCGCAGCGAAAAUCUGGGUUAUGGCGCUGGAGCCGCCGACGCAGCGAAGCAGGCCUGGACAGAUCUGUUUUUGCCGCCGGGGACCCCGACCUGGUACGACGACUAUUGGAACGGGAACGGAGGCGGCAAUUGCAAUAUGCAGCGGCCAGGGAUCAACACCCAGUGCAAUGACAACAACUGGGCCCGCAUCGGGUACUGCGUGAACCUCCCUGACCAGAGCUGCCAGCCAUAUGAUACCAGCGACGCCGACUCUCCUAUUGGGAUCGGGCUGAAGACGCAGAAUUGGCCCAACAAUGUCAAUGCCCCUUUCGGGGAAUACUUCAUACACGGCGCUGGGUCGUCUGGCGUGCAGCUCUUCCAACACCAAGCAUGGCUUUUCGCAGGAUCGGCUACCACCGCGGCUUCCCCAACGCCCUCUCCGACGCCCUUCCCGACGGCCUUCCCGACGCCCUACCCGACGCCCUUCCCGACGCCCUUCCCGACGCCCUACCCGACGGUUUUCCCAACGCCUUACCCAACGCCGAGCCCGACGCCCAGCCCAACGUAUCCUGUCGGUUGGCCGACGCCGCAUCCGACGUUUCCUCCAGGGGCUGCCAUGGCGGGCGGAGCCGGCGGAGCGGCUGCCACUGGCGACCCCCACCUGCAGAACGUUCACGGUGAGCGGUUCGAUUUAAUGCAGCCAGGCAAGCACGUGUUGAUUAACAUCCCUCGAGGAGUGCGCCCUGACGAGGCAUUGCUUCGAGUGCAGGCUGAUGCGCUCCGAAUGGGUAGCUCUUGCGCGGACAUGUACUUCGUCGGUGUCAAUGUUACGGGGUCUUUCGCAGAGGCAAGGCGAGCUGGAGGGUAUCGUUACGCCGUGUCGACACGUGCAGUCGAGACUCCAGAAUGGGUUGCUUUUGGGAAGGUUGAGCUGAAGGUUGUUCAAGGACACACGCAAAGUUGCAUCAGCUACUUGAACGUUUACGUGAAACAUUUGGGACGGGCAGGUUUUGCAGUCGGAGGCCUGCUGGGAGAGGACGACCACAACGACGUUAUGAUUCCUCCACCAGGUUGUACCCAUCAUGUGGGUCUUGUGGACGCUGAUCUGGGAGUGAGCGGCAAGGGUCCUUCCGUGUCUUCGGUUGCAGUGGCAUAUUUUUGAUGAUAUCCAGUUGCUUGCGGCAAAUCCGCCAGCGUGCCAGCGAAGCAUUCUGUGUGGCAGCCCUGAUCUCAUUGUUAGGACGGCCGUCACACGUGACACCUCU